GUGCCGGCUGUCGCGCAGACUGGCGAACGUUGGAGCAGGUGCCCCAAACACUUUCCGCCUGGCUUGAGCACUACAAGGUGCGAUUGCACGCGAAGAAGUUUCGGUCCACCGGUCCGGCGAAGGUGCUGCGGCGCAUCGCGAAACAUGUGAACGACGAGAACUUGCAGCAAGUGACCGUGCACCUUGCCUACUAUCUGAUCUCUCUGCCACUGGAGGACACACUGGAAGAGAAUCAGCCUGGGCAAUCUGUCGUCCUCCUGCUGAUCAGGAGUUUGGAGCGGCUCAGGUCCAAAGGCCCAGAGAGUCUCGGCCCAUGGUUGACGGGGUUGUUGGGUGCCAUUUCUGCCUACGCUCCGAUGAUCAUGCCAGAUCAAAAGCUACGCGCAGCCUUGCUUUUCGCGAUGCCAAAGCACCUUUCUGGGAAGAAGGUGCAGCUUCAGCUGGAGAAGGCGAUCAAGACUUGGAAGGUCGAUCUCGCAGCGAGCGAGCAUGAGUCAGAGGUCGCAAAGCUCGAGGAGGAGCUCUCCUCUUUGGAAUGCAGACCCCGGAAGAUCUUUCGGAAUGUGGUGGCAGCGCUGGCGCCGCCUGAAGUGCCCGGAGAGGAGAAGCCACUUAGUCCAGAUACUCGAGGCCUUCAGCGCCGAAUUCGACGGCUGGCCUUGCAGUGCCUGAACCUGCUGGAUCCACGGGAUCCAAGGAUCACGCCGUUGCUGCAACACCUACGGUUUCUCACGGACAAAGUGCCGGAGUCGCAGGAGCAGGUGUUCGGGUUCAAGCAGUGGCAGCGCCUACGAUUGAAAGUUGCUGAGUUUUCCCCACCCAGCGCAGCGCUCCCGGUCGCAGCGAGCGAAACGGGGCGCGCGCCGAAGCGGCCACGGACGCCAGGAGGCCGGCAGAAAGGGGGUCUCUCUCGCCGCCGCAAACUCUUCCGUCAAUGUGUUCUGCGUCCAAAGUGUGCCUUUGGUACGCAGGAGGUGACAAGGCUGCUGAAAGGCCACGAGCUGCCAGAUCUGAUGUUGGCCUACGCCCUCUUCCGCGAAACAAUCCGCCAAUGCCGAGAGCAAUGCCCCAAGGAGUUUGAUGAGGAUCCUGAGAGCACCACGAUACUGCGCUUCGAAGAGGUUCUUCAGCACCUGCCGGACAAAGAGGACGCUCGGAAGCUACGACGCUUCCUUCGAGGGACCUUUGCCGACCUCACCGGCCGGAAACACUUCUCCUUCUGGAGGAUCUUCGAGGAAUGCCACUUCACGAACGUCUUCCACCGGCAUGAUGCUUGCAACAUCUGCGUGGAGCAGCUCAGGCCGAUCCUCUCUUUCGAAGCAGUCCUGCCAGUUGUCGUGCUCAUCUACCACACGGGCAAUCGAGCCUUCGUGCGGCACAUCGUUGCCCAGGUCGAACGUCGGCACCGCCGGGGUCGGCUGUGGGAUGUGAGCGAACACGUCAGCUUUUGGAAGGCCACGCUCGAGAGCUACCUUCAGCGCUUCACGUGGCAGGUUCAUGACAAGGACGAGCCUCUACCAGAGCUUUAUCACCGGCGAUUUCGGCCGAUGCUGCUGUGGAACAAUCAGGUGCGCAAGCGGCUCUCCGAGGCGCGGGCAGCCACGGCCACCGGGGUGAACGAUCUCGAGACUCUGCGGAUGUGGAUGAGGGACCACGCUCUGAACCAUCUCCAGCAGAGGGCUACUGUUCUGAUGAGCCGAACCGAUGAAUUUGCCGGAUGCAGGACCUAUGAAGCCCUGUACGGCUGUCUCAGACAAGCCCUGGCCGAUGCACUUCCAUCGAACAAUGAGCUUGACUUUCAUGCGAAGAAUCUGGCGAACCUUCUUGAGCCUUGGCUUCCCACCGCAGCGCGCGAUGCAGAGUCUGAGGCCAACGGGCUGGGUCCAGGGUUCCGGCAGAUGGCGCAUAUCUGCCAAGGCAAAGGCAAGCAGGACGGCCUUCUCAGCCGUGCAUUGUUGGAGACGGAGUUGGCGGAUACAACCCGCAUGCUUGAAAAGCGUUUUCCAAAGACUUGGGCUAAGCCCAGAAAACGCCAUGUGCAGGCUCUGUAUUGCGAGCUGCAGAAGCUGUUUUUCUACCUUCGAAGAGGCCACCCGGCGGUGACUUUCCGCCGUAGCAUUCCCGCGAUGUCCCUUCGAAGCCUUGAUGUCCUAGCACGGCGGAAGACAGAGGCAAAGGCUCCCGGCCGUCUUCGAAGGCGGUCUCUGAAAGCACGGAGAUGGCCCCAGGAGGAGAAGACGUGA